AUGGUGUCCCCAAAGCAAUUACUCUCCACCAUCGAAUCGUCCCUUCUCGGCCCCACACCUCCGUCGCCGUCGCAGAGAAUCGAGCUCAUCCACGCCAUUCGCCACUCUCUCUCGUCUUUCAAAUCCCUCCUUUCCUAUCCGCCUCCGAGGCCAUCGGACCGAACUCAAGUGCAGUCGAGAGAAGCAAGGCUUCCGGAUUCUGGACCGAUCUCACUUGAUGAUCAGGAUGUUAAGAUUGCUUUGAAAUUGAGUGAUGAUCUCCAUCUUAAUGAAAUAGACAGUGUGCGUUUGCUUGUUUCUGCAAACCAAGAGGCUGUCGUGCUUGACCAGGGUCUCGAAGCUGAUAUUGUGGCCGACAUCCAGAAAUACUUGGAAGAUCUUAUUAAUGCUGGGCUUAGACAACGGUUGAUUUUGCUUAUAAAGUUGCUGAGAAGGAACAAUUCAGAGGAUAAUGAAGGUAUAAUGUGCUGCCCAGCUUUGGCUUAUGCAUUGUAUUGGGAUAUGGAAAAACUGGAGGAACUCAACCGAGAUGAACCAGCUGGUUUGGGUGGGCCUAACUGUGAGCGCUAUGUUCUUGACUCAAGAGGUGCUCUUGUGGAACGACGAGCUGUGGUGGGUCGGGAAAGACUCAUUCUUGGCCACUGCCUUGUUCUCUCUGUUUUGGUUGUGAGAAUAAGCCUAAGAUAUGGAUAUGACCCAUGUCUGAAUGGGGCACAGAACCUGGCACCUGCGCUUUUGUUGCUAGCCUACCUGUGCUGGUUUAAGUGGAUAGUCAAACCAAGCACAGUAAUUCUAAUCAUUGGUCCAAAAGAUGUAAGAGAUGUGUUUUCACUUCUAAAAGAUAGUGCAGCUGAACUUAGUGGUAGCUCUGACCCCUUAAAGCAUCAGAUUACGUAUAGCCUUCUUUUUUCUCUUGUAAUAGCUUUGGUAUCAGAUGCAUUGAGUGCAGCACAGGAUAAAGAGUCUGUCUUGUCUCAUGAGGCCCCUUUUAGGCACGAGUUUCAGGAAACAGUGAUAGCUGCUGGAAAUGAUCCAAUGGUUGAAGGCUUUGUUGAUUGUGUAAGGCUUGCAUGGGCUGUACAUUUGAUGUUAGUACAAGAUGGAAUUGAUGAAGGGGAUGCUGCAUCUGGUGCUUCAUAUAUGCGAAAUGGUUGCUCAUGCUUGGAAUUAAUUUUCUCCAAUAAUGUUUUCCAGUUUUCUUUGGACAACAUUCUUCGUACGGCAGCCUAUCAGUUAGGAGCCAAUAUGGGCUGCAUGGAGGAUGGGAGGGCCUGCCUAAGAUAUGGAUAUGACCCAUGUCUGAAUGGGGCACAGAACCUGGCACCUGCGCUUUUGUUGAAUGAUGAUGAGGAUAUUAUCUAUAUGUACAAUGCUUAUCUCCACAAGCUGAUAACAUGUUUUCUAUCUCAUCCGGUAGUUAGAGACAAGGUAAAAGAAACAAAGGAGAAGGCUAUGAGUGCCCUUAGUCCAUACCACAUGGCCAGAUCACAUGAUUAUAUGCUGGACAAUGGUGUACAUUCUCAGCAUGCUGCUGAAGCCACUCCUCAACCAUUUGUCUCUCUCUUGGAGUUUGUGAGUGAAAUUUAUCAGAAAGAACCUGAUCUGCUGUCUGGCAACGAUGUGUUAUGGACAUUUGUAAACUUUGCUGGAGAGGACCACACUAAUUUUCAAACACUUGUGGCAUUCUUGAAAAUGCUGAGUACGUUGGCUUCUAGUCAAGAGGGUGCUUCAAUAGUCUUUGAGCUUCUUCAUGGGAAAACUUUCCGUUCUAUUGGAUGGAGCACUUUAUUUGAUUGUUUAUCAAUUUAUGAUGAGAAAUUCAAACAGUCCCUUCAGACUGCUGGGGCCAUAUUACCAGAGAUGCAGGAAGGGGAUGCAAAAGCACUUGUUGCAUAUUUGAAUGUCCUUCAGAAGGUAGUUGAAAAUGGGAAUCCCAUUGAAAGGAAGAACUGGUUUCCUGACAUUGAGUCCUUAUUCAAGCUCCUUGGUUACGAAAAUGUGCCUCCUUAUCUGAAGGGUGCUUUACGUAAUGCCAUAGCUACUUUCAUUCAAGUUUCUCCAGUCCUAAAAGAUACUAUUUGGAGUUACCUAGAGCAAUAUGAUCUGCCAGUGGUUGUGGGAUCUCAUAUUGGGAGCAGCAUACAACCAAUGGCCACCCAGGUUUAUGACAUGCGAUUUGAAUUGAACGAGCUAGAAGCAAGAAGAGAACAAUAUCCUUCAACAAUAUCAUUCCUAAACUUAUUAAAUGCUCUUAUUUCUGAGGAAAGAGAUGUUAGUGACAGAGGGCAUAGAUUCAUUGGCAUCUUUAGGUUCGUAUAUGAUCAUGUAUUCGGGCCAUUUCCACAGAGGGCUUACGCUGAUCCUUGUGAAAAGUGGCAAUUGGUUGUUGCUUGUCUUCAGCAUUUUCGCAUGAUAUUGACCAUGUAUGACGUUAAGGAUGAAGAUAUUGACAUUGUCGUUGAUGAACCUCCACUGUCUGCGGGGGCACAAUUGGCUCCACUCCAGAUGCAGCUUCCUGUCAUAGAAUUGCUGAAAGAUUUUAUGAGUGGGAAAACUGUGUUCCGAAACAUAAUGGGUAUUCUUUUAUCAGGAGUCAAUUCCAUCAUUAACCAACGCACCACUCAAAUUUAUGGGCAACUUCUAGAAGAUGCUGUGCUCCUCUCUUUGGAAAUCAUAUUACUUGUUUUGGAGAAGGAUGCAGUUGUUUCUGAUUUCUGGCGCCCUCUAUACCUGCUUAUAAUUCAUUUCAUGCUGAGUGUUGACGACGACAAUGAUUUUGUGCUGUUCUUGUAUGACAGUUCUCGUAUGGUUGGGCUUGUAGAGUUGCUUUUAAAAUCAAAUGCCGCAAGCUGUUUAAUUGAGGAUUAUGCUGCCUGCCUAGAGUUACGGUCAGAAGAGUGUCAGAUUAUAGAGGACAGCAGCAAUGAUUCUGGUGUUUUAAUAAUGAAGCUUCUCAUUGAUAAUAUUGGUCGACCAGCUCCAAAUAUCACACAUUUGUUACUCAAAUUUGAUCUUGAUACCCCUGUCGAGAGGACAUUACUGCAGCCCAAAUUUCAUUACAGUUGCUUGAAGGUCAUUCUUGAUAUAUUAGAAAAGCUUUUGAAGCCUGAUGUCAAUGCUGUGCUUCAUGAAUUUGGAUUUCAGCUCCUUUAUGAAUUAUGCUUGGAUCCACUAACAUGUGGUCCUACAAUGGAUAUGUUGAGCAACAAAAAAUAUCAGUUUUUUGUCAAGCACCUUGAAACAAUUGGUGUUGCUCCUCUUCCUAAGAGAAUUAGCAAUCAGACACUUCGCAUAAGCUCCCUCCAUCAGAGAGCAUGGUUAUUGAAGCUUUUAGCAAUAGAAUUGCACACUGGUGAAAUGACAACUUCUACCCAUCGAGAAACAUGUCAAAGUAUUCUGGCUCAUGUUUUCGGGCAGAACAUUGCUGAAUGGGGCACUGACCAUAAUAUAUCUCACUCUAUCCUUCAAAGUAGUCCUGCAAGUGGUGGAACUACAACAAUCAGUAAGAGUAAGGUACUCAUGGAUAAAAUUGAUUGA